GUUCAUUGUUUACGUUUGCUCAGUGUAUCAGCGGUCAGAGUCGAGAGAGGUUGCGGCGUCGUAUUGUGUAGCUUCAUUACACAACUGUGGGUCAGAGGCCUGUACUGAAUUUUAACUUCAUUAUGUUUGGGAAACCUGACUUCCCAGAAAUUUUACCCUCACCACCUUCUGCAGCAGCAGAAGGUCUUCUUGGACCAACUGAUUUUACAAUGGCUCCAGAAAGUUCUGGAAGAAUAGAAAGAAAUGGCAAUGAAUUUUAUUAUAAUUCUAAUAAUGACAUCAGCCAGUCUACAGUCGAUACUGUAGAGCAGUCAUGGCUGUGUAAAACUAAAGUAACUUCAGCAGAGUGCAAAUGGUCAGUUAAGAGUAUUGAUAGCAUUGACUAUGCUAGGAGUAGUUAUGUGAAGAACAAUGAUAGGCUUUAUCCAGAAAUUGAAGUAAUAGAUGGAAAGGAAAUAGUAACAUUAACUACAUCAAACACUACACAAGCAAGUUGUGUCAUAUCUGCUGCUCCACAGAAAAUUCUUUCACUUCCUACCAGUGUAGGAAAUUGUAUUAACUGGAAUUCAGAGAAGCAGGGCCAAGGAUGUGAAACAGAUUUGGCCAAUGAAAUGUGUAAUUUCAAUAGAGACUCUUCAAAAGAAGAAAACCCACUGUUGCCCUUGUUAACCCCAGAAAGCUUCAAAUCUCCUUCUCCAUGCUUGACCCAAGAAAUUUAUAGUGCAGCUUAUAUGAAUUGCAUAAUCCCUCUAAAGAGAGACACAGAUGAGAAACUGGAAGAUGAAAAGGAUAGCACAUUACUAAAUAUCAGUGAAAGCACAUUGCUAAAUGUCAAUGAAGAUUCCUAUUGCACAUCACAGACAUUGCAAACAAAUUGCAAUGGUCUGACAUACAGGGAAGAGGAAAGCUCUCAAGCUGAUAUUCUAACUCCAGAACAAUUUACACGCCCUUUGUACCAGACACAGAUAAGCAAUGAUUUAAGUAACUUUGGCUCCUCAUAUUGUGGGAAUGGAAUAGAUGCUGAUUUAAUGAGUUCCGAUGUUGAAUAUGAACUUGAACAAGAACUUGCUGCCUUAGAGCAAGGUGAAGAUGAUGACGACAACAAGGAAGAUCAGGAAGGACAGACACAAAGUAAAUCAUGGGCUGCUUAUAACAGUGAUCGUCUUCCUCCUAUUGGGGUCUUCUGGGACAUUGAGAACUGUCAGGUAACGAGACACCUGUACACAUGCUGUCCCUACCCUGUGGUUCAGGCUGUAAGAUCUCGUUUUUUUACUGGUUAUCGGGAGGCUGAGUUUAUGUGUGUUUGUGAUACACUUAAGGAAAACUCAAAAAUCCUUGAGGAAUUGAAUGAUGCUCAGGUAAACGUUGUGCAUGUGGGGAGCACUGUGAAGAAUGCAGCGGACGACAAACUCCUUCAGAGUAUGAGGAGGUUUGCCGAUAUCCAUGGAACAGGUGCAACCAUUGUCCUAAUCUCAGGAGACUCAAACUUUGCUACAGAGUUGUAUGAUUUAAGAUACAGGAAACUGUCGCUGGUGGUGCGCCGUGCAACAACGAGGUUCCCCCAGUGCGGCGGCGCUCGUUCCGUGUUGGCGACGGAUGCGGAACAUGGUCGUCAAGCCAGCCACGUCUCUCCUGUGUUGAAGGCUGUCGAGGUUCAUUUCAUACUUGCCGUUCUGACCUUGCAAAUAGCUGGCGAGGUAAAAGAAGUCUACUUUGUGUCCACUAUUUCAGUUUUUGGCGCGUCGCUCAUUGGUGCGCACACGUCGAGGCAAGUGCCGGGCCUGCGUUGUGAUUGGCUGAGGUCGCACGCAGUGACCAACCAGCGCUUUCGGGAGGCGUGCACGCGGCCGCAGGCACCAACUUGUCACACUUGCCCGGUCGUGCGGGCAGAUAACGUGGCCAAAAAGAGGCUAGAUGGUGAAGACGUUUAUGGCAGCAAGAUAUAUUGUACAUUUGGCAAGAAUUUUGACAAGGAAGGAUCCCCAAAAGUAGAUAUUAAGCACCUUCAGCACCAGAUCUCACGGGACAGAGGGCAAGAAUCUCUGGAUACGUGGAAACCUGUCCAUUCCCAGAUAUUUCCAAAUCCAUCCCAGACAAGCAUGGGUGACACUGGCACAACAAGCCUGUCAUGGAGGGUGAGAGACCCUGUCAGUGAUUCGGCUCUUCAACCCUACACUGCAUUCAAAAGCUAUGGCAAGAAUCCUGCCAUGUCCUUUUCAGAUCAGCAUUUUGGAUCAUGUCAGCGUGCUUUUAGGAAUAAUUGUCGGAUUCAGAGUCAGUCAAGUAUGUCUGGAUCUAAUUCAAAUUUUGGUUUGUCAAGAGUUGAUUGCAAUUCGCAUAAUGAAGGAAACAGUCGUGAUGUAGUUCAGCCUUUAUACUUGGACAAGACCCCAGAGCAGUUCAAGAAAGGACGAUCCCAAAGAAUACAAUUUCGGAUGAGUUCCCCACCAAGCUUUUCAUUCAACACUCGAACUCCAGAUUCUUAUACAUUGGAUUCUUCACUUAGGGCAAGAAGUCCCUCUCCUUUGUUAUGGAGUGGCAUGAGUCCUGUGAAGCCUGUUUGGAGCCCCUCCCCUACAGUUGAUGCACAAGGACAAAUCCUUUAUGGACUAAAGGAACUCUCCCUUGGGGAAGGUGUUAUUGAUACAAGUUUAGCUAGUGUCCAGCAAGUCCCAGUAGAAUUACAAGUGACAAAUCUCGAUCAAAACAUUGAUGCCAGGGAGAUGAAACGCAUCCUUUUCACAAUAUUUAGAGAUCAUGUUAUGGUAUUGCAUGUGUCAGUGUUUGUUCAAUCUGACGGUAACUUGGCUGCUACCUUGCGGGUACCCUCACAGCAAGAUGCUCAGUAUGCCAUUUCUCAACUUCACCGUAAAAAGAUUGGUGCCAAGAGGAUUAUCAUAUCCUAUGUGAAUCAAAAUCAGCCAUCACCAGAAUUGAAAAGGUCUAAGGUCAUAGCUCUGCUGCAGGAAGUUCCUGGAAAGAAGCUUCCUCUUUUCAAGUUUCGGGAGCUCUAUGAGAGACGCUUUCAUGAAACCAUUGGUGUAUCAGAAAUGUAUAACAUGCGGGAUAUAGUAACUGUAUCUGAUAACAGUACAGGUAGGAUGGUCUCCCUUCAUCCUGAGUUUCGACACAUGAGCUCCCCAAUCUUGACAGAGUCAGCACAAGAGGAAGUCAGUGGUAGUAUAUCAUCCAGAUACUGUAAGAUCCAUAGUUCUGGUCCUGAUGAUUCCAUUGGUUGGGCAGAACGUGAUCAAAGUUCAAGUCUGCCAAAUGUAAAUAUGACUUUGCGGACUUUGGCUGGAAGUAUACACUCUUUGCUUCAGUCCCACUCUGGUUCACUACCGCUGGCAAGCUUGGUAGAUUGUUAUGAAGCAGAAAUUGGCCCAGUUGAUGAAGCAGAGGAUGGUGUACCUUUGGAACACUUGGUCUCCUGUUUGCCAGGAGUAUGCAUAAUGACAGCUACUGGUGGUUUCAAAUAUGUGCAGUGGGUUGAGAAUAAAGUAACAGAUGAAGCUGAAGAGCUAGCCCGUUGUGUGAGUCCUCCACUUGUUGGACAGUUGGCACUCUUUUCAAGAGAAUUGGUAGAUCUCCUUAAAACUUUCCCAUACUGCCGUUUACCUUUUUCUCGGUUCAUACCAGCAUACCAUCAUCAUUUUGGCAGACAGUGUAGAGUAGCUGACUAUGGAUUUACCAAGCUUGCUGACCUAUUUGAAGCUCUCCCUCAUGUUGUGCAAGUUUUGGGGGAAGGAAAUAAACGCAUUUUGACAUUGGCACACAAAGCUCAGGUCAAAAGGUUUUCUUCAGAUCUAUUGAGGGUGUUGAAGGGCCAGCCAACAAAAGCCAUAACACUUGAGGCUUUUCCAGUUGCUUAUGAAAAGGCAUUGACAAGAACAUGGAAUGUGAUUGAUUAUGGAGUAUGUGAUGUUGAGGAUUUGCUGACUGAAGUUAGUGAAACGACAGUGAUAGUCACCCGAUCUGGCACUGAGACUACAAUUGCUAUUCCAAAGCGCGAACAAACUCCUGAAGAAAUAGAGCGAACAAGACAGUUUGCUGCAGAGGUUGUUGAGUUACUUCGGCACUCUCCACAGUGCAAAAUGCAGUUCAAUCGUUUCAUUCCAGCUUAUCACCAUCAUUUUGGAAGACAGUGUAGGGUGGCUGACUAUGGGUUUAGUAAGCUGAUUGAACUAUUUGAAGCCAUUCCAGAUGUCCUUCAGGUCUAUGAUGAUGAAGAAGAUGGAGAGAAGCAAUUGCAACUGGUGGAACGAGAACGUGUCCGUGUACUAGGAGAUCAAGUAGGGGCAGUGGUAAGAGGAGCUCCUAGGCAAGCUAUCAGGAUUUCUGCCUUAACUCAGGUCUUCACUCGUUAUUAUGGGUAUUCUUUGAAACCCUCCCACUAUGGUGCCAACACUUUGGAAGAGCUCAUAGGAAAGCUCAGAAAUCAUGUGAAGCUGGUGGAGACAGGUGAUGAACCUGUAGUCGCCCUUGUUGACCGUGGAUAUGUGCAUGAAAUCUUGGUGCGAGCACGGAAACUUCUGUGGGAGGACUCCAGUUGUACCUAUCCUCUUGACAAAUUUGUACAAACUUACACUGACCGCUAUGGCCAUCCUCCAAGCAUAGAAGUGAUUAGGCGGGACUUGGAAGAUGUACUUGUGAUUGAAGGUGAAGGUGAAGAAGCCAAGGUUAACCUAGUGCCACUGCAGAUGUUUGCGAGAGACCUCUUGACACUUCUCCAUGAAGCAGGGGGACGUAUGCUACUUCUGAAUUUUGAUACAGCCUAUCUUGACCGUUUUGGUGUUGCUUGUCGACCAGCAACUUAUGGUUUUCCCAAUAUAGUAGCUCUUGUUCAAGCCCUUGGAGAUUUGGUGGCAGUUAGAGGUCGUGGAACAAAAAGAAUACUUGUCUUAAACAGAGACUCGGCUCCUUCCCCACCUAGUUUCCACAUUCCUACAUCAAGUUCAUCUUUCUAUGGAGACAACACCGAGGUUGCAAGUGCCAAUAAUGAUACCAAGCCACCACCUCCCACUCAUCUUCCUCCUCCAAAUAAGGUCACCCCACCUCAGCAGUGCGAUUACCAGCGCUAUAUACAAGAAGCUAAUUCAAACAGUCACUUAAUGAUGGGAAUGAAUGCUCCAACCCCCCAUCCCUCCUACCAGCCUUCAUCACCUGUGGUUUAUCCUGGCUCUCCAGCACCAACAGGGGGAUCAGUUAUGUGGGGCCAGAUGUGGUCUCCUCAGUACCCAGUUAUGCCCCCACUGUCCCCUGCUCACUACAUGGUGCCAACACUUCCCAUGAGUUGGGGAAGCAUGCCAGCCUCUCCUGCUGGUCCCCUGGGAUCUUCCACUCCCCCAGCCCCAUUGCUGGGCACCAUGGCACCCCCGAUCUCCAUACAUAUGCUCGAUGAGCUCUCCAAGCAGGCGGGUAAAUUGAAUGAAGAGUAUGCAGCCCCCCCAAGUGCUAGCGAGUUGCCGCCCCCAGAGCUUUUCACACAAAUGCAUCCUCAGGAGCAAAUGGUAGCCCAAGUAUCUGCACCUGAUAAUUGUAACCAGACAUCAAGCAGUGUAAUCUGUGAAGAGGCCGAUGACACAUGGUCCAGCUGCAACAGUGAUGCUGACAAAGGUGAAGUUAACACCACCUCCACACCAAUGGCACCAAAACUUCGCACAAAGCGACGUUUAGCAGCACAAUUUGCAGCAAAUUGAUUAAGGAAUUUUCCAAUAAAGUACAGCAUUGUGUUCAUCACAGUAGCCUAGUUCCAUAAGUACUGGUUUAGGUGUGAUUUUGUGCAAUAAUUUUGAGGUUUUGUAAAGUAUUAAUGUCCGUCCAUAGACCAUGUUCAGUAUCAAUUCCUAUGACAUCUCAGUUAUGUGAACUGAUGCAUUUCUUAUUUAACUUGUUGGUUAAUUUUUCUUUGUAUUGUUGAAUUUUUUUCUAGAUAUAUCUAGAUUUAAAGCAUUCUAUAAUUUAAAUGAAGAGAAAUUUUAAAAUCUCUUGGCUAUUUACCACGUUGAUUAUGGUGCAACUUUACAUAAAAUUAUUUAAUCAUUCCAAGAAUGGGCGGUUAUUAUCAUAAACAUAGUUGUUGUCAAAGAUAGACCAGGAAGGAAGGGGAUUUAAUAUUACACAAUUUGUUUUCACUGUUCAUCAGUAUAUCAAGAUCUCUUAAAAGUGCAAAUGUUUACCUAUUUAGAUUUAGCAAAUGUCAAUUUGCAGUCUCCGCUAAUGUAAACCUAUAAACAAAAGAAAAAAACAUAGUACAAAUGGUUGGACAAAGAUAUGUUAGUUUCUUGUUCUAAAUGUACAAAGACAGAAGAUGAACUUAACAAAUGCUGUUGUUUAUUGGGCAUUUUGAAGGCAGCAUUGUAUUAUGAAUUAGUACAGGAAGUAUACUUCAGAAAUGUUUCUGUGAUCUAUUAAAGAUUGUUGUGUUUGAAGCUUGUUGGUCAUUUUUUUCUAGUUUUGAGAAUUGAAGAUUCCCAUAGAAGGUUAACAACUAAUUUUGGACUGGGCGAAAAAUGGAAGGGAAGUUAAGCCGAGGCAGUUUCGUUUUUCCUCAAAGCUGGGGUGUAUUGUGAUGUAGAAUAAUUUAAUUCUAUUGAAGAAAGUUUAGAAGCACUUAUGAAGUAACUUCCUUAAUGUUCUUGUUUCUUUGAUACAACUUUUUAUAUAUUUGAAAAGUAAUGCAAGUUGUUGAUCAACAAGCUUCCAUCUGUUUUGUUCCUAAGUAGGAGUAAAAUGCCUCAUUUUUUUAUGACAUUUCGUUAAUCUUGUAUGGUUAUUCUUAUGAAUACAACUACAAAUGCCAUUUUACUUGUCUUGACAUAGCCUGACAUGCUAGUUUUGGGUUACCGGUACAAUAUUUCUGCUGUAUUAUAGCAUUAUAGUAUAUAGCAUUCAAGAGUUUGAGAAUGCAAGAUUGCAUAUUUCUGUGCUGAAAGUGUUAUGAUUAGCUUAAUCACAACAUCUAGUCUGUUAUUUAUUUUGAUAUUUUAGUCUGAUAGCAGACUGUACAAAAAUGCAUCAGCAGCUGUUAUUAGCCAACAAGUUUGUCAGGGUUUUGUCAAGCUUUUGUCAGUGUUGGUAAUGGGGUUCUCAGUGUUACACUGAAACAUUCCUUGUUGUGGAAGUUGAAAUAAAUGUUUAUUAUAAA